AUGGCGGCAGAGGGAGGAAAACAUGUUUCGAAGCUGCCGAUGAUCCCGCCAGCUUCGUAUUUUCAGGUGAGCGGCCCUGCAGGACACACCCGCUCCUCUUGGCGGCGUCUGCAGAGGCCCUGCCGCGGGCCUCGCUGCUCGUCUCUGAAAUGGCCGCCCCGUCUACCCCUGCCUCUCCCCCGCCCCAGAGGCGGUGCUGCCCGCGGGGCUGCGGGCCCGGGCGGCCGCUGUCGUCCUCCGUCGUUCGCGGCAGACAUAUCAAUACCUGACGUGUUCUAUACAGUUCGCUACAGAGAAAAGGAUAAAGACAAGAAAUGGGUUUUCCAGCUUUGCCCAGUUACAGAGACGGUGGUGGACAAUCUGAAGCCAAACACAGUUUAUGAAUUUGGAGUUAAAGACAAUGUAGAGGAUAGUAUUUGGAGCAAGACUUUCAAUCAUAAGACAGUCCUGUCUAAUAAAAAAGUAAAUGGACAACUCCAGAAUAUGUACAAGUUGGUACCUAAUUCCCAAACCCAGCUUACACUGCGUGAUAAUAAGAAGUUGGUCCCUGUCACAAUAAUCAAACAAGUUAUUCAAAAUCGGACGCAGUCAAAAACUUCAGAUAGUUCUUCUCUGCCAGGAGCAAUCUUAGUGCACCUCAUUGUUCCAGGUCUCAAUGAAACUCAGCAGAAACUUCCUCCUCUCCUGACAGUAGAUGACAUACCUCAAGCAUCCAGGAAAAAACUGGCUAAGAAUGAAACUGGAGUAUGGCCUGCUGAAUCCAAAACACCAGAAGUUCAAGAAAUCUCUCCACAGUCCCUCCCAGCUCAGGCUGAGAAAAAACAUGGACCUGAGGAAUUUAAAUCAACGCCUAAACCCGAAUUGGUGCAAACUCAAAACAUACUGGCUCCAAAGGAGACUCAACGUAUUCCUUCUAAACCUAAAACUUCACCCAAACCUCAUAUCCCACAGGCCAAAGAUGUUCCAAAAGAAACACAGCGUGUUCCCUCCAAACCUAGAACAUCACCAAGCUCAGAGGUGUCACAAACCAAACCUGUUCUGGAACCAGUUACGUUUAGAACUGAGAAACCAAAGUCAACAGUAGCUCCUAAAGAUACACAUCAUGGGCCUUCCAAACCUAAAACAUCACCCAGUCCACGGGUUCCUCCAACUAGAGCAAGUCCAAAAGAAAGUCGGCGAGUCUCUUCCAAGCCCAGAGCAUCACCAAGUCCAGAUGUACCACACACAAAACCAGCUCCUAAAGAACCACAACAUACUCCCUUUAAACCUAAAGCAGUUCCCAUCCCAGAUGUUCCACACAGCAAGCCUGAAAUUAUUCCAACCUUCCAUGAACCAGAUACUACUAUGAUUCCUCAUAUUCCUGAAAGAACAAAGGCAACAUUGGGAAUUCCAACUGAUUGA